AGAAUUUCAAAAAUAUCUUGACAAUUUUCAUCAAUUAUGAAAAAAAAAAUACAUGAACUUAGCACUAAAGGGCCAUGAACAUGAUAGUCUGUAAACAUACAUGAAGAAAGUGACUAAGCAAUAAGCAUGUAGGGCAAAUACCCAUCAGCGUGAUAUCAGAAUUAUGAGUAUUAAUGAAGUGGAGAAACAAGCAGAAUAAUGGAAAGCAAUAUUCCACGGGAAAAAUAGUAGUCCAUGUGGGCUUGCUAAAUUUCAGAAGUAAAUAAAAAUACCAGAUGAAAGAUAAGAACAUUUCUUCCAAUAUGAUUUCAAAGAUGCCUCCAACAAUAAAAAAGGCAGGGGAAAAAGUAACAUACCCUUAACAGAUUUAAAGCAGAUUCUUUGUUUUAUACCUUGUUAUCUCCUCUGAUCAUCAACGCACCAUCCCAGCAAUUUUGUUCAUAUCAUCUGAAUUUUGAAGGGCCAAACAAGCAAAAGGAAAACAAAGGGAAGAGAAUGCAAACAUUCAAGAAACUCAACUUUCUACAUUUUCUCCUGUCCCUUAUGCAAUUCUUUACCACCUCCAUAGCCCAACACACUCCCAAAAAUCGAUGUGGUAAUAUUCAGCUUCAAACACCUUUCCUGAGUCAAAAUUCCACCAACCCCUUCCCAUUAAACCGCAUGAUUAAAUGCAAAUCUCAGAAGAUAUAUUUUAGAACCUCUCUUGGUCUUUUUCCCAUCUCUUCUAUUGAUUAUACAAGUAAAACACUAACAAUCUCUCACACUUCUUGUUCUGCUUCAGAUCAGUAUGUAUCCCCUGCACUCCUCUCUGCUGGUUUCCCUUCUCCUCCUCAGCCCAACUUACUUCUUCUCUUCAACUGCUCACACAAAAGGCAACCCACAUCAUCAUUGAUCCGUAACUGCACUCGCUUACACACGUGUGGAGCUGCUUCUAAAGUUCAGGAACAGGAAAUUAAAGUGCCCUAUUCAUGUCUGCUUGUUCAUGAUAUUGAAAAGCUUCGCACUGAUUUUCAUCCAAAAGAUUUGAGUUGUUCAGAUUACAGGAGGGUAUAUAGAAGAUCUUUAAAUAAGGAAGACUAUGAAGGAGUUGAGCUGGGAACAAGGAUUUCUUUCGACAUUCCAGACCACGUACCAGAUAUCUGUAAUGAAUGUAAAAAGCCUAACGGAAAUUGUGGUGUUGGGUUGAAGUGCAUUUGCCAUGCAAAAGAGUGCAAAGAUAAGGUCGUUUCAGCAGGCAGAUCACUGAGCACCGGUAUUAGUUUCCUAUUUCCCUUCUUUUCUAUCAUUGUUCUGAUGAAUUUCUUGAUGACAUGACCAGUUUCGAAACGUUAAAUACAGAGA